GAAGAAACAAAACACUCGCAGAUCUGUGCAUUGGCACCAGCGAGGAGAUGGGUGCUUUACAUAGUAUUCAAGCUCUCUAGACUUGCAUAUUAAUAUAAUGCAACUCUUAAUAAUGAACGGGUAUAGAGAGCAAAAAUUGACUUAUUAGAUUUCCCUGUGUUUUAUUCUUUAUGUCCGUACAUUAGUUAGCUGGGUAAUUUAGCCAGCAUGUAGAGUUAGCCUGAAGAGGCUAAUACCAGAUUAUUUAAAAAAAUGUUCUCCAGUCAUGCCACAUCGGAAUGCCAUUGUUAGUUUGCAGUUUUGUCAUCAUGACGCACCUCAUGUUCAUCCUCAUACUUACGUUACUUUGCCUGCAAGUCCAGAGAUGUGCAGCGGCAAACACGUCAAAGUUGCUGGAGCUUACCCAGGAGAAUCUCGCCCAGAAGAUGCUGUCUGGAAAAAUGUUCUUUGUAUACUUUGGAAAUCAAGUGAAUCCAACCCUUGAGCUCUUCCUGGAGCAGCUGGAGCUGUCUGCUGAAGCACUUGAGGAUUAUGGCAUUUCAGUGGCAAAGAUUAACUGUACAAAAGAAGAUAUCGCAAAAUAUUGUGGGGCUGAAAAGCUGAUCAAGAAGGCCUAUUUGUUUCGAGGCUCAGAGGUGCUGAGGAAUUUUGACACAGACACCGUGUUUGAUGUCAAUGCUAUUGUGUCUCAUGUGCUCUUCACGGUGCUUUUCAACGAGGUGCGUUAUGUCCACACUCCCGCUGAGUUGCUGAACAUUGAAAGGACAGCUAAGGGCAAAAUGGACGUUGUCUUCAGUCACAUCCAGGUCCUUGGGCUCCCAGAACACAGGGCUCUGAUGGAGACCGCAUUCGUGUAUGGAGCCAAGUUCCAGUUUGUGUUGACGACUGGAGGUCCUGUGCUGAAACACAUGGGUGUGGAUGACCCUGCAUCUCUCCAGGCAGGCCUGUGGUUCCUCCACUGUAAGGAUGUGAGGCGUGUAGCUGAGCCCUGUCCCCACACGGCCAUGAGACGACCCCUCACCACCCUCAACAUCUACGCCUUCCUGCAGCUCAUGGAGGCUCCCCUGCUGACUGAAGCGUCGGUGGACCCUGCAGAGGUGGAGGUGGUCUACAGUCACCUCCAUGUCCCUCUCCUCUUCCUCUUCACCCAGGCCCAGACGAGGGCCCUGGACCGGGUCACAGCAGAGAUGCUCGCCUGGAGACUACGGGGAGAGGUUGGCGUAGUGCUCAUCCACAGGGAUAGCCCUGAUGUUAAAACCCCAUUAAAGUACAAUGCAGCCUUCAAACUCACAGAGGAGGCUGCAAUGAGGUAUGUCACAUUUAACAGCAUAGAAGAAGUUGUCACAGUUUUCAAAGAGGAGGUAACUCCUAUGGGAGAAGAGGAGGAAGAGGAGGAGGAGGAGGACGAUGAUGAAGAUCAAUGGACCACUCUGGAUGUGUUGGAUGAUGAAGUGGCCGAGUCUGUGUACAGAGACCGGGACCUGAUAUUGGACUUGGAGCCGCUUUUGGAGCUCACUGCAGACAUCUUCACCAGUACACUGGCACAGCAUGACCACUUGGUGGUGCUGUUUUAUAUCAAAUGGGAAGCCGUGUCCAUUGCUUUCCUGCAUUCAUUCGUUGAGGUUGCUGAAGCGUUGGAAGGUUUCUCUGACGUUGCUAUGGCCUCAGUGGACUGUGGAGAGUGGACAGACAUCUGUGGCUCCCAAGAAAUCACCUCCUUUCCGACAGUGAUGGCAUAUCACCAUGGCGGCGAGGCCCAGCUGUACCGCGGCAUGCUGGGAAGUGAAAGCCUGCACAGGUUCAUCCUGCUGAGUCGGCUGGGCAGCCCGCUCUGCCUCUCGUCCUCUGAGGAGGUGCAGUCCUUCAUGGGCGGCGGGUUGGAGCAGUCCCACACUGCCCUCGCCCCCCUCAGAGCAGUGGGGCUCUUCGGCUCCAGCCAGGAUCCAGGAGUUGCCUUAUUUGAAGAGGCAGCAAGAGGACUGAGAGGGGAGAUUCUGCUGGGGAUGCUUGUUGACACACCGGCCCAAAAUUGGGGCCGUGAGCUGUCCUUGGAUCUGCCUGCGCUGCUGGUGUCACGGGGCCCUGAGGUCCAGAGAGAGGUCCACUCCAUCCAGGCCUCCUCAUUGGAGGAAGUCAUUGGACUCAUCCGCAACGCAGCGCUAGAUCCAUUUCCUGAACUGACGGUGGAAAAUCUGCCCCAGUAUCUCGAGCUGGAGAAGCCCCUGCUGCUGCUGUUUGUGGCUGAAGAUGGUCCAGAGAGUAGCGCCGCCCUGCUGGAGAUACGAGGACUGUUACAUGCUGGGCACCUGGAACGCUACCUACCAUGCUGGAUAAACCUUCGUAGGACCCCUGCUGGCAGCGCCGUGUUGGAGUCCUACCUGGGCGGCUCCCCCCAGCUCCCUGCUCUGGUGCUCUCUCAGCUGCAGCACUCUGCUGGAGAGGUGUUCAACUUUCCCCCACGGCGCCCCCUGCAGUCCAGGAAGAUCCUCCAGUGGCUUCAGAGUGUUGAGAGCCAAGAGGAAGAGCCGGCAGGUGUUGUUCCAGAUGAGAUGUGGGGUCCCUCCGUCUCCUUCUAUGACUUCCUGUCCGUCAUGGACCAGGAGCUGCCAGGCUACGCUGUCCAGAGGAGCACCAAGACCAAGAUGGACGCCGCCACCAGUGAGGGGCGUCAGGAGGGGAAGGCAAACAGGAAGGAGCAGAAGAGGGAGAAGAGAGAGAAGGACCGCGGAGAAAGACAGGGCUCCGGCACUCCGGCAAACCCCCCUUCACCUCACACACACUCUGAACUCUGAGAGCGAAAGGGAAACUCGCCCCACCGGAGACUGUUGGACAGGAGCCUGCCAUCUGUAGCCUCUAAAAUACACAUAAACGUUGCUCAAGAAUGAGCUGUAAUGAGCCAUGUCUGAAUGGCAAAGCUGCUAUUGUUUAUCCCCUCUCCUCUUUUCUAAAAGGGUACCCUAUUUAUUUUUGUUAACAUUUAAGCUGUAGCAAAAACAAAACACCAGUUAUUUUACUUCACCCAUUAAAGAUCUUGCUUUACUGAAA